UUUUGAUGCUGCUGCUGCAGAGCUGACGCGAUUUUUUUUUGAAACUUUUAAGGUUCACACCAAGACGCAAUGCAAGGACAAUAUGAAGAAAUAUCGACGUUUAUGUGCUCUUCUAAUUAUCUCAAUGAUAAUUUUAUGUUUAUUGCAUUAUUCGGGAGACUUACAUUUUCUGUAUAAGACGUUUUUAAUUCCUAAGCAUUGGAUCUCAAGCGACACAGAUAUGGAUGGAAAGACUCACAGUGUAAGUCUAGGAACUUUUGACCCAUCAUCUUAUUUACAGCAGCCAUCGAUAUUAGACCAAAAGGAUCCAUUCCUGAAUCAUGCAUUUAACAUUCUCAAAAGUGAUGAUGUUCCCUUUGACCGCUCACUACCUGACAGUAGGAACACGAGAUGCAAGCCACGACCAUUUUCAGACCUUCCAGCAACAUCAGUGAUUAUUUCUUAUUACAAUGAGGCACGAUCUACAUUGUUAAGAACUGUUGUAAGCGUUUUGAGGAGGACCCCUCCAGAACUAAUCAAGGAGAUUUUGCUGAUUGAUGACUUCAGUGAUGAUGUUGAAGUUGGCCGUUUACUUCCGGAGAUACCGAAAGUUCAAGUUUUCAGGAACAAAAAACGAGAAGGUCUGAUCAGAUCACGAGUGCGAGGUGCGAAUUUAGCAGGGAGUGAGGUCCUGACCUUUCUUGAUAGUCACUGUGAGGUCAAUGUUGGGUGGUUGGAACCGCUGCUCUUCAGGAUAGCAGAGUCACCGAAGGCCGUGGUGUGUCCUGUUCUAGAUGUGAUAAAUACUUCCACGUUUGACUACAUUGCUGCUCCACACACACCUGUGGUCGUUGGAGGAUUUGAUUGGGGAUUGAAUUUUAAAUGGGAACCUCCUGCUCAGUCGAUGGUGUUCAGACCAGAAGACCCUCGGAAAACCGCUGUGAUGGCUGGGGGCGUGUUCAGUAUCAGCAGGUCCUGGUUUAACAAACUGGGCAAGUAUGACCCUGGAAUGGACAUCUGGGGUGGAGAAAACUUUGAACUUUCCUUCAAAGUUUGGAUGUGUGGGGGUGAAAUUGAAAUCGUGCCUUGCAGUCGUGUUGGUCAUGUGUUCAGGAAGAGACAUCCGUACGAGUUCCCAGAUGGCGAUACCAACACAGUUAUCAGGAACACUCGCCGGGUGGCCGAGGUGUGGAUGGACGAAUACAAACGAUAUUUCUACAAAAUGAAGCCGUCGGCCAGGAUGAAGCCAUUUGGAAAGAUAUCUAACAGAAAGAAGCUGAGAAACCAAUUAGAGUGUCAGUCAUUUGCUUGGUACAUCAACAAUGUAUAUCCUGUACUUAAGCCACCAGUUAGUGAUGAAGUACUGUUUGGUCAACUGAAACAAGGAGACCUCUGUCUAGAUGUGGAUACUGGUCAUGUACCAAUUAUCACCAUCCUCAGUCCCUGUGAUGCUGAUCGUCAAAGUCAGGAAUGGUCAUGGAAGAAGAGAGGAGACAUAACAAACAAUGGCCUCUGUCUGACGGCCAAUCUAGAGACAACCCACAGCUACAUACUCGCCAAAUUCUGCAGCCAGGAUGAAUCUCAGAUUUGGACAGAGCAUCAAUCACAAAUUGUCCACAAACCCACAGGUCAGUGUAUAGAUGCUCAUAAAGCUGACAUUGGUCUUGUUCUAGCAGAGUGUGAUCCCAAUAAUGGUCAGCAGAAGUGGAUACUUCCAGCCAAAGGUCACCUUCACAGUAGAGACUUGUAACAUGAACAU